AUGUUUGCAACGAAUGGUCGAUUGAUCCCUGAAAGGAGAGUUAUGAGGAUCUCGGAUUUCCUGCAUACUUGCCUGUUGCAUUUAGCUGUGAUUUCGUCUCUUGAAACUACCGUUGCUCAACGUGACCAUAAAAUCGCAUCUGGGAUUACUAUUGACGAGGAAAUCAAUAACUUGUUAAAUUUACUGAAGUAUUUAGUUAACUUCCAUUUUCAAGAUUGCACGACAACGGGUAUUUAUUAUGACGAUGUAUUCGAGAGCUCGGUUAACAAACAGUUGAUAAACGACCUGGUAAUGAAUUUAUCCACAAGUUAUUACAUCAAAACACGAGUGUCAAAAACCAUUGGAAGAGCCUUAGAUUCGUCAAAACCGUGUUUAAAGAAUUUUCCAGAAGAAUCAUGCACAAACUACGUCCUGUUUUUGAAGAAUUUAACGACUAUCAAAGAUGUUGUGGAAAAACAAAGCUCCAGAAAAGUAAUCGUUGUCUCAAAAAGCUCGUCAUGGGAUGUAUAUGAAUUCUUGAAAAAUCCUGUCACCAGAUUAUACCAAAAUUUGGUGGUGGUUGCUCGCAGCAAUGAUAGAUCCACCGAGAAAGGAUCCCUUUUAUUGUUCACACACAAAUUGUACAGUGACGGGAUCGGAUCAAAUCUUCCGGUGAUCCUGACUUCCUGGAAAAAAAAGGGACUGACAAGACCUGAAACAAUUUUGUUCCCCCCAAAAUUGAAAAAUGGUUUCAAUGGACAUCGAUUUCGUGUUUCAGCGUCUCAUAAGCCCCCUUUUGCGAUUCGAAGAGUCGUCUUAGGAACGGACAAGAUUUGUUGGGAUGGUAUUGAUGUCAGGAUAAUUUCUCUGACGAGUAAGAUCCUUAACUUUACAAUAGACUUUAGAGAACCGGGUAGCAGUGCUACAAUUAGCCCAACGAAAGCUGUGCUUCAAGAAAUCUUGUCAGGAAAAGCAUCGAUGGCUCUCGGAGGCUUUUAUCAAACUGUGAAUCUAACUAAACGAUUUGACACAACUUAUCCACAUGCUUACGAUUGUGCCUCAUUUAUAUCCCUCACAUCUACUGCAUUGCCAAGAUAUCGAGCAGUACUGGGACCUUUUAGUCCCCCUGUUUGGGUCACUCUGAUAUUUGCCUACCUUGGGGCAAUGAUUCCACUUACUUUAAGUAGCCGGAACAGCCUCCUUCACUUCAUUAUUCAACCCUCAAAAAUAAAUGAAAUGUUCUGGUUCAUUUUUAGCACCUUUACCAAUUGCUUCACCAUCAGAACUCCCCUUGUUCACAAAGGCUUAGGACAAAACGCUAUGGGAAUUCUAAUAGGGCUGUACUGGGUCUUUACGAUAAUCGUAACAUCCUGUUACACGAGUUCAAUUAUAGCUUUCAUAACUAUUCCAGUUUAUCCAACUGCGAUGGAUACAAGUAAUCAGCUUCUUUACUACAGAUAUCGCAUUGGAACACUAGAUCACGAUGGCUGGGAGUCUUAUUUCCAGGAAAUUGAUGAACCAAAAAUAAUGAAGUUGUUCAGGAAGGUUGAACUUGUUCCAACAGUGGCAGAGGGUCUGAAAAAUGCGAGCAGAGCUUAUUUCUGGCCUUACGCAUUUCUCGGUUCUAAAGCAAUGCUCGAAUACAUCGUCCAAGCAGACUUUACACCAAGUUGGAAAACGAAGAGAUCAUUGAUGCACAUAGGUCGUGAAUGCUUCAUUCAAUUUGGGGUCGGCAUUGUUUUGCCUAAGGAAUCUUUAUACUCGGAAAAAUUUAGUGAAAUCAUUCAACGCGCCAGCCAGGCUGGACUUGUCCAAAAAAUAACCAGUGAUGUUAAAUGGGAUAUGCAGAGAUCAGCAUCUGGAAAAUACCUUCAAGUGAGUAGUGAGAGAUCUUUACGAAUACAAUCAGUCGAAGAACGUCGAUUAACUCUCGUCGAUAUCCAAGGAAUGUUCAUGGUUCUUGGAGCAGGGAUUUCAAUAUCCUUGGUAGCUAUUUUCUUGGAAUGUGGAGUUGAAAGUGUCAAAAAACACUGUUUCAAACGGCAGUUUGUGGAGUCAAGUCAUCAGGCUGUCGAUUUGGGUGAUGAAAUAAACAUGGAUUUGUAUUCAACUUGGAAUUUCCUCGAUAAUGGCCACAAGGCAGAGUUCUAUGAAAGUGAUAAUAAUGUUGUCAGAGACAAAUCAGUUAGAAACAGCAUCUAAAUUUUGAAAAAAACAGGUCAAAACUCACUGCGCAGUAGGUUAUAAUAAACUUCAUCCAGAAUUCCAUCAUGAUUCUCUGAUGUCAAUAGAUAAUUCUAAUAUCAACCAAUAGUUUGCACCAGAUCAUAAAUAUGUUAAUAAUUUCGCAUUUUUUAUCGGAAUAAUUUCUUUGACCACAGCUCUUCAGCGACUCGUGUCGAUUUGCAGAAAUGUGAAGUUUUUCAAGAAAAUUAAAUAACUGAUUAUUGUCAUUAUUGUUCACCACUAUACCACUAGAAAUGGUUUCAUUCAUUAAUAUUUAUAAAAUUACAGGUCGUGUAUAGACAUAUUGUUUCUACUAUUACUACAAGAUAAUAAAUAGUACUAUUAAUUAUCAAUUCACAUCAAUACAAACAAUGAUGAUUCAAUUACUACCGCUGAUAACUUUGCUGCAUGUAUAUGUAUGUAUAUAUGGGUGUCCUUGCCUUUCUUGUUGGUUUUUCACAAAGAUUCAAGUAUAAUAGAACAAUAAUUGUAAAACAUUAGUGUACUUGAAUACCACUGAUAUAUAUAUGUACUAAUAUAGUAUAUAAAUAUCAGUGUUAAAUACCAAUAGUAAUAAUAACAAUGAUAAUAACAACGUGUUACUUAUAUCUCUUGUAGUUUGUCGAAUUUUGAGUAUGAAGUAUUUUAAGUAUAUUUAUGAAUGUUUUGUGUCGUUUAUUUACCUGUUUUUCAUGCCAAUUUGUAUCCACAUACGUAUGAAAGUAUACAGGAAGGUUGUUAGGUACGAUAAAUCAUAUGAUCUGGUUAUCUACUUUUGACAAAAUCAAUUGCAAUAAAAAGCUGCAAAUAAUAAUGAUGGAUACAUAGUAAUAAUAAUGACAACAACACAAUCGUAAAAUGCAAUUGUAAAGUAUAUGUAUACAUACAUACAUGUUAUUGUAUGUUUCUAUUCUUUUGCUUUAUCAUGCAUAUAGUAAUGUGUUUAUAAUAGCGAAUUAGAUUUACUCUUUUCCAUGUAGCCAAAGCCCUGAUCUCUAUAGAUCAGAAAGCCAAAGUGUGUUACAUACGUUUACCCUUAAUUAUUCUAUCUUAUUCAUUCGUCUAUCUUUUAUUAUUCAAUUAUUCCUGUUUCUGACCGUUUAGUUGGAUUUUUAUUUAUUUUUAUUCCUCUUGUAAACCCUUUCAAACAGCUAUAAUUAAUGAAAAUAGUAGUAGUAGUGUAGAAGUAGUAGUAGUAGUAGAGUAGUGGUGGUAGUAGUAUCAAUAAUAAUUACAAGCUUAAAGAUGAUAACUGUUAUUAUUAGUAAUAAUGAGAACAAUUUCUCUUCACGAAGAGCGUAUCGCAUUGAUCAAUAUAUUCACAGAUCUUGAACAACAGUAUCUGAAAUGAGAUCUCAUCUUGUCUUUUUCUUCAUUUGGAAAUGAAUAGAAAACCGGAUUUUGAAACGUGAAA